UUGGGCAGUUUCCUAUAAUAAAUCCUUUGAAUCGGUUGAAUCACAGCGGUAACGCUGACACCCGAAAACGAAUAUGGAAUACAAAGGAUUUGCAAAGGUUUGCGCAAGUUACAUGUUUUUUGUUCCAUUGCUGCAAAUCACAUUUGGAGAUAUGACAUAUACUAUUCCGGAAGAAAUGAGAAGCGGAUCUUUUAUUGCGAAUAUAGCAAAGGAUCUGGCUCUUGAUGUUAAAAGGCUAUCAGACCGCAAUGCCCGUGUGGAUACUGUCGGUGGCAGACGGCAUUACUGUGAAUUUAAUCUGAAUACUGGGGAUUUUAUUGUGUCUGAGAGGAUCGACAGAGAAGCCCUCUGCGGGAUGAAGAGCUCGUGUGCUUUAAAAUACGAGCUUGUUCUGGAGAAUCCUCUGGAGCUACAUCGCAUAACUCUUCACAUUCAGGACGUUAAUGACAACUCGCCAACAUUUUCAAAGGAUGUUAUAACUAUAGAAAUAACAGAAUCGGCGGAAAGAGGCACUCGCUUCCCUUUAGACGAGGCCCAUGAUGCGGACAUAGGACAGAAUGCGGUUCAAACCUAUACAAUAGAGAAGAAUGAAUAUUUCGUUUUGGCUGUUAAUACAGACACAGUAGGUUCGAAAAGUGGGGAGCUGGUUUUAGAAAAAAAGCUUGAUCGUGAACAACAGCAGGAGGUAAAAUUAUUACUUACCGCUGCUGACGGUGGGACUCCACAGAGAUCUGGUACUGCAGUCAUACAUGUCACUGUGCUGGAUGUGAACGACAAUAUUCCUGUGUUUAGCCAGGCUGUGUAUAAAGCCAGUCUGCCUGAGAAUUCACCUUCUGGUACUUUCGUACUUAGGAUUAGCGCCACUGAUGCAGACGAAGGUGAAAAUGGCGACGUUUUCUAUGACUGGGGGCGCGUUUCCGAUGAUGUAUUAAAGUUGUUUUCUCUUGAUAUGAAAACUGGAGAAAUCAAGAUUAACAGUCCAACUGAUUACGAAGAAGAGUCCACUUAUGAAAUGCGGGUUCAAGCAAAAGACCGAUCAGGACUAGUUUCGUACUCAACGGUUUUAAUAGAAAUUACCGAUGUGAACGACAAUGCUCCAGUGAUAUUAAUAAAAUCUCUAAACAAUCCCAUCCCUGAGAACGUGUUACCUGGCACAGAAGUUGGCAUCAUUAAUGUGCAGGAUAAAGACUCUGGAGAAAAUGGGAAGGUUCGCUGCUCCGUUCAUCAGAAUGUUCCUUUUAAGUUAACACCGUCAAUUCAGAAAUAUUAUUCCUUGGUAACUACUAAAGAACUUGACCGUGAGGUAAUGUCAAAUUACAACAUUACAGCCACUUGCACUGAUGGUGGCUCUCAGCCUUUAUAUUCUUCUGUAACUAUACAAUUAGUUGUAUCAGACGUCAAUGACAAUCCACCCGUUUUUGAUGAAAAGUCUUACAGCGCCUAUUUAAGUGAAAAUAACAAACCUGGUUCUUCUGUUUGCUCUGUUACGUCAAGAGAUCCAGAUUGGAGACAAAACGGAACCGUUUUCUACUCCCUUUUGCCCGGUGAAAUCAGUGGUGUUCCGAUAUCCUCGUUUUUAUCUAUUAACGGGGAAACAGGGGUGAUCCAUGCUGUGAGAUCAUUUGAUUACGAGCAGUUCAGAAGUUUCAAAGCCCACGUUGUAGCCAGAGACAAUGGUUCUCCUCCACUCAGCAGCAACGUCACUGUGAGCGUCUACAUAACAGACCAGAAUGAUAACUCUCCACAGAUAUUAUAUCCAGCUCCAUCGGGGAACUCUUUCAUGACCGAGGUGAUCCCCAAAGCUGCUCACGCGGGCUCCCUUGUUUCCAAGGUGAUCGCAGUGGAUGCGGACUCUGGACAGAAUGCCUGGCUGUCCUAUCAGAUUGUGAAAUCCACUGAUCCCGGACUUUUCACUAUUGGUCUCCACAGCGGAGAGAUCAGGUUGCAGAGGGAUGUUGCUGAAUCUGACAGCAUGAAACAAAACCUUGUUAUUGCAGUGAAGGAUAACGGACAGCCCUCUCUAUCUACAACCUGUUCAUUGUAUUUACUUAUAUCAGACAAUUUGGCAGAAAUUCCAGAGCUGAAAGAUAUGUCUUAUGAGGAGAACAAUUCCAAAUUAACAUCUUAUUUGAUUAUUGCCCUGGUUUCCGUUUCCACUUUUUUCCUCACUUUCAUUAUUCUUGUUGUGGCUGUAAGGAUUUGCCAACAGAAGAAGCCCAGAGUGCUGUUUGACGGCACAGUCACCAUUCCCAGCGCAUAUUUACCUCCGGGAUAUACAGAGGUGGAUGGGACAGGAACUCUGCGCAGUUCCUACAACUAUGACACGUACUUAACAGCAGGCUCGCGCACCAGUGACUUCAAAUUUGUGCAGUCUUACAGUGACAACACACUGCCUGCAGACCAGACUGUGAAGAGCAAUCUUGAGGAAAUUAUAGGUAGUGAUGUAAAAUAUCGGAGUGGAUUAGAUGACCAGUGUGAGGUAAGACCAAUGAAAAAUUACCAAUAUAAAUCAAAUAAUACGCGUAUUGCCCAGAUAAACAACAUGAACUCAAACUUUUGA